AGGAACUCCCCAGGUUCCCAGGGGUGUUAUCUGGGAUAGCAAGUUCCCUCUUCUGGAUAUUAAUAUGUGACCGUGCUUCAAUUUUGUCCUUUGCAGAGACAUCAGGCUGUUCUAGGAAGUUCCAAGAAAUCUACUGAAAGGAAAGAAAGAACAAACACUGCAGAGUGGAAAGUGGAGGAUUUCUGCAGAAUGCCAUGCUACCUCUUCAUUCUUUGUCUUUCCUUCUCUCCCUCUCUGCCAGGGAACUCCCCGGGAUACCAGCAUCUAUGACGUCAGAGAAAGAGUUCUGUGUCAGAGUGUCCAGAGGGUCCGAAAAUUCCGCUGCUGCUGUCACCCCCAUUCUCCUCUAAAGAAUCGCAGGUUUCAAAGCAGCUGGAUGGGAGAGACUGGUCCUCAGAGGAACUGAGAACUCCUUAUUCUUUCAUCCAACGGAACAAUUAGAACCGGCACCAUGAGCUACCCCGACUGCUCAUUUCAGGAGAUUGACAAAAAUGACUCCAUACAUCACAUGAGCCACUCCCAGGCAAGGCCAGAGCUGCCCCCUCUGCCUGUGUCUGCAAAUGAGGAGCCGUCAGAACUCUAUGAGACUGUCAUGUCUCACAGCUUUUAUCCCCCCUUGAUGCAACGUACGUCCUGGACCCUGGCUGUGCCCUUCAAAGAGCAGGACUGCCACCGUGGACCCAGUGACUCCAUCGGCAACAACUAUUCUCUGACAGCCCGCGACAUGAAGCUGAAAGACCUGUUGAAGGUCUACCAACCAGUCACCAUCAAUGUCCCUAGGGACAAGACCAGUCAGGGGGUACCAGUAUCUAAAGCCUCAUCAGAGCCCGCUAAGAAGAAAAUGAAGUUCUCCAAAUGCAAGGAGGAUGCUCCCGGGGUGCCAACGGCCUGCAAACACUCGUACUCCGUGCCCAAGAAGAGUGACGUGGACUCGUGGGUAGCCCACUCAGGAAGCAGACCCAUGAGCCCAGAACAACAGCUGGAUGUGAUGUUGCAAGAGGAGAUGGAAAUAGAAAGAAAAGAGAAGAAGCCGUCGGAGUUAGACCUGGAGAGAUACUAUUACUACUUGACCAAUGGCAUCCGGAAAGACAUGAUUGCCCCCGAGGACGAGGAGGUGAUGGUGCGAAUUUACAAGUUGAUUCCUAAGGUGCUGCUGGCAACCCCAGCCCUGGAACCCCUGCAGGUUGCGCUUCGGACUGAGAAGGAAAGAGACUAUUACUGUAGCCUCAUGAAAAGCAUUGUCGACUACAUCCUCAUGGACCCGAUGGAGAAGAAAAGGCUGUUCAUCGAGAGCAUCCCUCGCUUGUUUCCUCACAGAGUGAUCCGGGCCCCUGUGCCCUGGCACAAUGUCUACCAGAGUGCCAAGAAAUGGAAUGAGGAGCAUUUGCACACAGUGAACCCCAUGAUGUACAACCUCAAAGAACUAUGGUUUGCAGAAUUUAAAGACCUCAGGUUUGUUCGAACAGCAGAUUUACUGGCUGGAAAACUACCCCUGCUGCCUAAUGAGUACCAGGAUGUGAUUCAGAAGCAUUGCCAGGAGGCACGGCAGAUUCUUCUCAGCAAGUGGAUCCCCAGCUGUGCCCAGCUUUUUACCUCACAGAAGGAACACUGGGUCCGCUUCGCUCCCAAGAGUGACUACGACUCCUCUCGAAACAUUGAGGAAUAUUUUGCUUCCGUUGCCUCCUUCAUGUCCCUCCAGCUCAGGGAGUUGGUCAUUAAAUCCCUCAGCGACCUAGUUUCCUUCUUCAUGAUACACAAGGAUGGAAACGAUUUUAAGGAACCUUACCAAGAAAUGGAUUUCUUUACACCUCAGCUAAUCAUGAUUCAACUUGAAGUGUGUGAGCCUAUCAUUGUCUUCAACCCAACUUUUGAUGAUUGCUGGGAAUUAAUAAAGAAUUCCUUCUUGGAAAUCAUUAAGAAUUCUGAUGGGAUCCCCAAGGUGGAAUCUAUACUUUUCCCAGAGCUGAAAGGCUAUAACCUGAUCCUCGGAACUGUUGACCCUGAAGAAAAUCUUGUUUCUGAUUUUGUCAAUGAUACUUUUGAGGUAUUUAAGAAAAAUCAAGUUGGACCUCACAAAUACCUAAAUGUGUACAAGAAGUACGAAGACUUGCUGGAUAACACGGCGGAGCAAGGCAUCACCGAAUUCCUGAAUAUAAAUCACGAGAUUGAAGAGUUUGUGACGAGCAUCAAUAGCAUAAAAAAGAGGAGAAAUGAAAUUGCGUCCAUGCACAUUACCGUGCCUUUGGCCAUGUUCUGUCUUGAUGCCUUGUUCCUAAAUCAUGACCUCUGUGAGCGAGCCCAAAAUCUUAAAGACCGUCUGAUUCAAUACCAAGUGGAUGUAAACCGGGAAACUAAUACCAGCAUUUGUAAUCAGUACAACACCAUCGCUGAAAAAGUCAGUGAGAUCCCUGCCAACACCGCGGAGCUAGUGGCCCUCAUCGAAUACUUAAGGAAAUCCAGUGAUGUCACUGUGUUCAAACUCAGGAGGCAACUUAGAGAUGCAAGUGAGAGGCUCGAGUUCCUGAUGGAUUAUGCAGACUUGCCCCAUGAGGAUAUCAAACUUAACAGCACCCUGUUCCUCUGGCCUGACCAGAUAGAAGAUGUCUUUGAAAACAGCCGAAAUCUGCUUCUUAGCAAGAGGGAUCAGGCAGAGAUGGACCUAAUAAAAAGGUGCUCAGAGUUUGAGUCGAGACUCGAAGGCUAUGGCAAAGAACUGGAAACCUUCAGGAAGCGUGAAGUGAUGACCACAGAAGAAAUGAAGAACAACGUGGAAAAGCUUAAUGAACUCUCCAAGAACCUAGAUCUUGCACUGAUAGAAUUUGAGUUGAUCAACAAGGAGGAAGAACUGUUGGAGAAAGAGAAGAGUUCUUUCCCUCUUCUGCAAACCCUAAUGGUCAACAAAAUACCCUACGAGCAGCUGUGGGUCACAGCCUACGAGUUCAGCAUCAAGUCGGAGGAGUGGAUGAACGGCCCCCUCUUUUUACUGAAUGCCGAGGAAAUCACAGAGGACAUUGGGAACAUGUGGAGGACGACAUACAAGUUGACCAAGACCUUGUUAGAUGUGCCUGCUCCCCGGCGCUUAGCAGAGAACGUCAAGUUGAAGAUUGAAAAGUUCAAGCAGCACAUACCCAUCCUCAACAUCUCCUGCAACCCUGGCAUGAAGGAUCGGCACUGGCAGCAGAUCAGUGAGAUCGUUGGCUAUGAGAUAAAGCCCUCAGAGACAACGUGCCUCGCGAACAUGCUGGAAUUUGGAUUUGGCAAAUUUGUUGAAAAGCUGGAGCCCAUUAGCGCAGCUGCCAGCAAGGAAUAUUCCCUGGAGAAAAACCUGGAGAAGAUGAAGUCGGACUGGGUCAACAUGACGUUCAGUUUCGUGAAAUACAGGGACACGGAUACAAACAUCCUGUGUGCGGUCGAUGACAUUCAACUGCUACUCGAUGAUCACGUGAUAAAGACCCAGACAAUGUGUGGCUCUGCAUUCAUCAAGCCAAUAGAAGCAGAGACUCGGAAAUGGGAAGAAAAGCUGGUUCGGGUACAAGAAAAUUUGGAUGCCUGGUUAAAAUGCCAAGUCACUUGGCUGUACCUGGAACCAAUCUUUAGCUCGGAGGACAUCAUAGCCCAGAUGCCAGAAGAGGGCAGGAAAUUUGGCACUGUGGACAGUUACUGGAAAACACUGAUGGCUCAGGCGGUGAAAGACACCAGGGUCCUGGUGGCAGCUGACCAGCCAAGAAUGACUGAGAAGCUUCAGGAGGCCAAUCUUUUAUUGGAGGACAUCCAACGGGGGUUGAAUGACUACCUGGAAAAGAAGAGACUCUUUUUCCCCAGGUUCUUCUUCCUGUCAAACGAUGAGCUUCUGGAGAUCUUGUCGGAGACAAAGGACCCACUCCGGGUGCAGCCACACUUGAAGAAGUGCUUUGAAGGAAUCGCCAAGCUGGAGUUCACAGACAACCUGGAAAUCAUGGGCAUGAUCAGCUCAGAGAAAGAAACUGUUCCAUUCAUACAGACAAUCUACCCAGCAAAAGCCAAAGGCAUGGUGGAAAAGUGGCUGCAGCAGGUGGAGCAGGUGAUGCUGGCCAGCAUGCGGCAAGUUAUCGGAAAUGGGAUUGAAGCAUACGCUGAGGUCCCUCGUAAUGCCUGGGUCUUGCAGUGGCCUGGCCAAGUAGUUAUCUGUGUCUCCUCCAUCUUUUGGACCAAGGAGGUGUCUGAAGCCCUAGUUGAAGACACCCUGCUGGACUUUCUCAAGAAGAGCAAUGACCAGAUCGCAGAGAUCGUCGAGCUGGUGCGCGGGAAGCUGAGCAGCGGGGCGAGGCUCACUCUCGGGGCCCUCACCGUCAUUGAUGUCCACGCCCGUGACGUGGUGGCCAAGCUGGCACAGGAUAAGAUCACCAGUCUAAAUGACUUCCAGUGGAUUUCACAGCUGCGGUACUACUGGCAGGCAAAGGACGUUCAUGUGCAGAUGAUAACCACAGAAGCCUUGUAUGGCUACGAGUACCUGGGCAACUCCCCCCGCCUGGUGAUCACUCCCCUCACAGACCGCUGCUACAGGACUCUGAUGGGAGCUCUGAAGCUCAACCUUGGAGGCGCUCCAGAGGGUCCAGCAGGGACAGGCAAGACAGAGACCACCAAAGAUCUGGCUAAAGCUUUGGCUAAGCAGUGUGUGGUCUUCAACUGCUCUGAUGGUUUGGAUUACAAAGCCAUGGGGAAGUUCUUCAAGGGGCUGGCCCAAGCUGGAGCAUGGGCCUGUUUUGAUGAAUUCAAUAGGAUUGAGGUGGAGGUAUUAUCAGUGGUAGCCCAGCAGAUUCUCAGCAUCCAACAAGCCAUUAUCCGGAAGCUGAAGAUGUUCAUCUUUGAAGGCACCGAGCUCUCGCUGAACCCAACCUGUGCUGUCUUCAUCACCAUGAACCCUGGGUAUGCUGGCAGGGCUGAGCUGCCGGAUAACCUCAAGCUGUCUCUUGCCCAGAAGAUUGUCGCCACCUACCGCCUGUGCUCCGAGCAGCUGUCAUCCCAGCAUCACUAUGACUAUGGCAUGCGGGCUGUCAAGUCUGUGCUCACAGCUGCAGGCAAUCUGAAGCUUAAGUACCCCGAGGAGAACGAAAGUGUUUUGCUGCUCCGGGCCUUGCUGGAUGUCAACCUGGCCAAGUUCCUGGCUCAAGAUGUCCCCCUGUUUCAGGGAAUUAUCUCAGAUCUGUUUCCUGGAGUUGUUCUUCCAAAGCCAGACUAUGAAGUUUUCCUGGAAGCCCUGAACAACAACAUCAAAAAGAUGAAACUUCAGCCAGUGCCUUGGUUUAUUGGGAAGAUCAUCCAGAUCUACGAGAUGAUGCUGGUAAGACACGGCUACAUGAUUGUUGGAGAUCCUAUGGGCGGCAAGACAUCGGCUUAUAAAGUUCUGGCUGCAGCUCUGGGCGAUUUAUAUGCAGCCAACCAGAUGGACGAGUUUGCUGUGGAGUUCAAGAUCAUCAACCCCAAGGCCAUCACAAUGGGGCAGCUGUAUGGAUGUUUUGACCCAGUGAGCCAUGAGUGGACGGACGGUGUCCUAGCCAAUGCUUUCCGGGAACAAGCAUCUUCCAUGACUGAUGACCGCAAAUGGAUUAUAUUUGAUGGACCAGUGGAUGCUGUUUGGAUUGAAAAUAUGAACACUGUUCUGGAUGACAACAAAAAGCUGUGUUUAAUGAGUGGCGAGAUCAUACAGAUGAGCCCCAAGAUGAGUCUGAUCUUUGAGCCAGCAGACUUGGAGCAGGCCUCCCCUGCCACCGUGAGCAGGUGUGGGAUGAUCUACAUGGAGGCCCACCAGCUGGGCUGGAAGCCCUUGAAGGACUCAUACAUGGACACUUUGCCCUCCAGCCUCACUAAGGAGCACGAGGAACUGGUGGAGGACAUGUUCACGUGGCUUAUCCAGCCCUGCCUGGACUUUAAUCGCCUCCACGGCAAGUUUGUGGUGCAAACGUCUCCCAUCCACCUUGCCUUCUCCAUGAUGCGGCUCUACUCCUCUCUGUUUGAUGAGAUCAGGAACGUAGAAGACGAGGAAAGCGAGUUCUUUGAAGGUCUGUCAAGUCAGCAGAUCUUCCUCUGGCUGCAAGGACUGUUUCUCUUCUCUUUGGUGUGGACAGUGGCAGGUACCAUCAAUGCUGAGAGCAGAAAGAAAUUUGAUGUGUUUUUCCGCAACCUGAUCAUGGGCAUAGAUGAUCGUUACCCAAGGCCCAAAAGUGUGAAACUCACCAAAAACAACAUCUUUCCAGAAAGAGGAAGCAUCUAUGAUUUUUACUUCCUCAAACAAGGUGGUGGACACUGGAAUGCAUGGACAGAAUAUAUCACCAAAGAAGAAGAGACUAUCCCUGCAAAUGCAAAGGUAUCAGACCUCAUCAUCCCCACCAUGGAGACUGCCCGGCAAUCCUUCUUCUUAAAAACCUACCUGGACCAUGAGAUUCCGAUACUGUUCGUGGGUCCUACCGGCACUGGAAAAUCAGCCAUCACCAACAACUUCCUUCUCCACCUUCCCAAAAAUAUCUUCUUGCCCAACUUCAUCAAUUUCUCUGCCAGAACUUCAGCCAACCAGACCCAAGAUAUCAUCAUGGCUAAGCUGGAUCGCCGGCGGAAAGGCCUUUUCGGGCCUCCCAUAGGGAAGAAGGCGGUGGUGUUUGUAGAUGACCUCAACAUGCCAGCCAAAGAGGUAUAUGGAGCCCAGCCCCCCAUUGAGCUGCUGAGACAAUGGAUUGACCAUGGUUACUGGUUUGACAAGAAAGAUACAAACAGGCUGGACAUUGUGGAUGUUCUGCUUGUGACUGCCAUGGGCCCCCCUGGUGGAGGAAGGAAUGAUAUCACUGGACGAUUCACUCGCCAUCUUAACAUCGUUUCCAUCAACGCCUUUGAAGAUGACAUCUUAACCAAGAUUUUCAGUUCUAUCGCUGACUGGCACUUUGGGAAAGGGUUUGAUGUCCUCUUCUUACGGUAUGGGAAGAUGCUGGUCCAAGCUACUCAGACAAUUUACAGAGCCGCAGUGCAGAACUUCUUGCCAACUCCCUCCAAGUCACACUAUGUCUUUAACCUUCGGGAUUUUUCACGCGUGAUCCAGGGGGUACUACUGUGCCCGCACACCCACCUGCAGGACUUGGAAAAAUUUAUCCGGCUUUGGAUCCAUGAGGUUUACCGAGUCUUUUAUGACCGUCUGAUUGACAAUGAGGACAGACAGACUUUCUUCAACCUGGUGAAGGAAACCACCUCCAAUUGCUUCAAACAGACCAUGGAGAAGGUGCUCAUCCACCUAUCACCCACCGGGAAGAUAGUGGACGAUAACAUCCGGAGCCUCUUCUUCGGGGAUUUUUUGAAGCCAGAAAGUGACCAAAAAAUCUACGAUGAGAUCACUGACCUGAAACUCCUCACCGGGGUUAUGGAGUACUAUCUGGAUGAGUUCAACAGCAUCAGCAAGGCCCCCAUGUCUUUGGUCAUGUUCAAGUUCGCCAUCGAGCACAUCUCCCGGAUCUGUAGAGUCCUGAAGCAGAACAAAGGCCACUUGCUCCUGGUGGGCAUCGGGGGCAGUGGGCGGCAGAGUGCCACCAAGCUGUCCACAUUCAUGAACUCGUACGAGCUCUACCAGAUUGAAAUCACAAAGAAUUACACAGGCAAUGAUUGGAGGGAGGACCUGAAAAAGAUCAUGCUGCAGUCCGGAGUGGCCACCAAGAGCACUGUGUUCCUCUUCGCGGACAACCAGAUCAAGGACGAGUCGUUUGUGGAAGACAUCAACAUGCUUCUGAACACAGGUGACGUGCCCAAUAUCUUCCCAGCGGAUGAGAAGGCUGAGCUCGUGGAAAAGAUGCAGACAGCAGCCAGGACGGAGGGAGAGAAGAUCGAAGUCACCCCCCUGUCCAUGUACAACUUCUUUAUUGAGAGAGUGAGGAAGAACCUUCACAUUGUCCUUGCCAUGAGUCCGAUCGGGGAUGCCUUCAGAACGCGCCUAAGGAUGUUCCCUUCGCUGAUCAACUGCUGUACAAUUGACUGGUUCCAGUCUUGGCCGACCGAUGCCCUGGAGCUGGUGGCCAACAAAUUUCUCGAGGAUGUGGAGCUCGAUGACAGCAUUCGGACAGAGGUCGUCUCCAUGUGCAAAUACUUUCAGGAGAGUGUGAAGACGCUGUCUGUUGAAUAUUACAACACACUUCUGAGACACAACUAUGUGACACCUACCUCUUACCUGGAACUGAUCCUGACCUUCAAAACGCUCCUGAAUAGCAAGAGACAAGAGGUGGACACGAUGAGGAACCGCUACUUGGCAGGCUUGCAGAAGCUGGAAUUUGCUUCUUCUCAAGUGGCUGUCAUGCAAGUAGAGCUCACGGCCCUUCAACCUCAGCUCAUCCUCACCUCUGAGGAGACCGCUAAGAUGAUGGUGAAAAUCGAAGCCGAGACCAGAGAAGCAGAUGCCAAGAAACUGCUGGUGCAGGCAGAUGAAAAGGAAGCUAACGCUGCCGCCGCCAUCUCCCAGGCCAUCAAGAAUGAAUGUGAGGGGGACCUGGCUGAGGCCAUGCCAGCACUGGAGGCUGCACUCGCUGCCCUUGACACCCUGAACCCGGCUGACAUCACCUUGGUGAAGUCCAUGCAGAAUCCACCAGGCCCUGUCAAGCUGGUUAUGGAGAGCAUUUGUGUCAUGAAGGGGCUGAAGCCAGAGAGAAAGCCAGAUCCCAGCGGCUCUGGUAAGAUGAUAGAAGAUUACUGGGGGGUGUCAAGAAAGAUCCUUGGUGAUCUAAAGUUCUUGGAAAGUCUUAAGACAUAUGACAAAGACAACAUCCCUUCCGUCAUCAUGAAGCGAAUCCGGGAAAGGUUCAUUGAUCACCCUGAUUUCCAGCCAGCUGUCAUUAAAAAUGUUUCAUCUGCCUGUGAGGGCCUGUGCAAGUGGGUGAGGGCCAUGGAAGUCUAUGACCGAGUGGCCAAGGUGGUGGCUCCAAAAAGGGAGCGACUGAAGGAGGCUGAAGGGAAGUUGGAGAUACAGAUGCAGAAACUGAACCAGAAACGGGCGGAACUGAAGCUGGUGAUAGACAGACUCCAGGCCCUGAAUGACGACUUUGAAGAAAUGAACGUCAAGAAAAAGGUACUGGAGGGAAAUAUUGAGAUCUGCUCCCAGAAGCUGAUCAGGGCGGAGAAGCUGAUCAGUGGUCUUGGUGGAGAGAAGGACAGAUGGACAGAAGCGGCUCGCCAGCUGGGGAUCCGCUAUGAUAACCUGACGGGGGACGUGUUGCUGUCCUCAGGGACUGUGGCUUACCUGGGUGCCUUCACCGUGGAUUAUCGGGCUCAGUGCCAGAAGGAAUGGUUGGAUUGCUGUAAGGAUAAAGUCAUUCCCGGCUCCACUGACUUCAGCCUCAGCCACACCUUAGGGGAUCCCAUAAAAAUCCGUGCCUGGCAGAUAGCCGGGCUUCCUGUUGACUCCUUCUCUGUUGACAACGGCAUCAUCGUGUCCAACUCCAGACGCUGGCCCUUGAUGAUUGACCCUCAGGGACAGGCCAAUAAGUGGGUGAAAAACAUGGAAAAAACAAACAAGCUGUCUGUCAUCAAGUUAUCUGACACCAACUACGUGAGGGCCCUGGAAAACGCCCUUCAGUUCGGCACCCCUGUCUUACUGGAGAACGUUGGGGAAGAGCUCGAUGCCUUCAUCGAGCCCAUCUUGCUCAAGGCAACAUUCAAACAACAAGGGGUUGAGUACAUGAGACUAGGGGAGAAUAUCAUCGAAUACUCGAGGGAUUUUAAGUUCUACAUCACCACCCGUCUGAGGAAUCCGCAUUAUCUCCCUGAAAUCGCCGUGAAAGUCUGUCUCCUCAACUUCAUGAUCACACCCUUGGGGCUCCAAGAUCAACUCCUUGGCAUUGUGGCUGCCAAGGAGAAGCCAGAACUAGAAGAAAAAAAGAACAAGUUGAUUUUAGAAAGUGCUGAGAACAAGAAGCAACUAAAGGAGAUCGAAGAUAAGAUUCUAGAGGUCCUCUCCCUGUCCGAGGGCAACAUCCUGGAAGACGAGACGGCCAUCAAGGUUCUGUCCUCUUCCAAAGUGCUGUCAGAGGAAAUCUCUGAGAAGCAGAAAAUAGCCUCUGUGACAGAAACACAAAUCGAUGAGACUCGGAUGGGCUACAAGCCUGUGGCUCUUCACUCUGCCACCAUCUUCUUCUGUAUCUCCGACCUGGCCCACAUCGAGCCUAUGUACCAGUACUCUCUGACAUGGUUCAUCAACCUCUACGUGCAGUCCCUAGCCAACAGCACCAAGAGCGAGGAGCUGGACCUGCGCAUCGAGUACAUCAUUGAACAUUUCACCCUGAGUAUCUACAACAACGUGUGCCGCUCCCUGUUUGAGAAGGACAAGCUGCUUUUCUCCCUCCUCCUGACCAUUGGCCUCUUGAAGGAAAAAAAGGCAAUCAACGAGGAGAUUUGGUACUUCCUUCUAACUGGAGGUGUGGCCCUGGAUAACCCCUACCCCAACCCAGCUUCUGAAUGGUUAUCUGAGAAGUCCUGGGGUGAGAUUGUUCGAGCCUCCUCCUUACCGAGACUGAAAGGUCUGAUGGAAGAUGUGGAACACAAUAUCAAAGAAUGGAAGCAAAUCUAUGACUCAGCCUGGCCCCACGAGGAGAUUCUCCCUUCGCCUUGGAAGUUCCUUCAAACCCUGGAAAAGAUGGUGAUCCUAAGAUGUUUGCGGCCUGACAAGAUGGUCCCAGCCAUACAGGACUUCAUUUGUGAAACCAUGGGAAAGGUGUUCAUUGAAGCCCCGACCUUUGAUCUCCAGGGAUCCUACAACGAUUCCAGUUGUUGUGCACCACUGAUUUUCGUACUGUCUCCAGGAGCAGACCCAAUGGCAGGUCUGCUGAAGUUUGCAGAUGAUGUUGGCAUGGGAGGUACCAAAACACAGACCAUCUCCCUUGGCCAAGGCCAAGGCCCUAUUGCUUCCAAAAUGAUCCACAAAGCCAUCCAAAACGGGACCUGGGUGGUCCUUCAGAACUGCCACCUGGCGACAAGUUGGAUGCCUACACUGGAGAAGAUCUGUGAGGAGGUUAUCACCCCUGAAAACACCAACUCGGAAUUCAGACUCUGGCUCACCAGCUAUCCAUCGGAGAAGUUUCCCGUCAGCAUUCUUCAGAAUGGAAUCAAAAUGACCAACGAGCCCCCAAAAGGGCUCAGGGCCAACCUUCUCCGCUCCUACCUCAAUGACCCGGUCUCAGACCCCGUAUUCUUUCAAAGCUGCACAAAGCCAGUGAUAUGGCAGAAACUAUUGUUUGGACUUUGCUUCUUCCACGCUAUUGUCCAAGAGAGGCGGAACUACGGAGCCCUAGGUUGGAACAUCCCCUAUGAAUUCAACGAAUCUGACUUGAGGAUUAGCAUGCGGCAGAUCCAGAUGUUUCUCAAUGAUUACAAGGAGGUGCCCUUUGAAGCACUGACCUACCUGACAGGGGAAUGUAACUAUGGAGGCAGAGUGACUGAUGACAAAGACAGGCGUCUCCUGCUGUCCCUCCUGUCCACAUUCUACUGUAAGGAAAUUCAAACGGAUCACUACUAUAUUGCUCCUGGAGACACAUACUACAUCCCUCCUCAUGGCACCUACCAGUCCUACAUUGAGUACCUCAGGACCCUCCCCAUCACAGCACACCCGGAAGUAUUCGGGCUCCAUGAGAAUGCUGACAUCACCAAAGACAACCAGGAAACCAACCAACUCUUCCAAGGAGUGCUGUUGACCCUGCCAAGACAGUCGGGAGGGAGUGGAAAGUCCCCUCAGGAAGUGGUUGAAGAGCUGGCCCAGGAUAUACUGUCCAAGCUUCCUAGCGACUUUAACCUGGAAGAGGUCAUGAAGAUGUACCCCGUGGUCUAUAAGGAGUCUAUGAAUACCGUCCUAAGGCAGGAGCUCAUCAGAUUCAACAGGCUGACCAAAGUGGUUCGCAGAAGCCUUAUUGAUCUUGGCCGUGCCAUCAAAGGGCAAGUCCUAAUGUCCUCAGAGCUGGAGGAUGUCUUCAAUAGUAUGCUUGUCGGGAAAGUGCCAGCCAUGUGGGCAGCCAAGUCCUACCCAUCCCUGAAGCCACUGGGGGGCUACGUUGCUGACCUAUUGGCCCGUCUGGCCUUCUUUCAGGAAUGGAUCCUUAAAGGCCCCCCUGUGGUCUUUUGGAUCUCUGGAUUCUACUUUACACAGUCUUUCUUGACGGGAGUUUCUCAGAAUUAUGCCAGGAAAUACACCAUCCCCAUUGACCACAUCGGAUUUGAAUUUGAGGUAACCACACAAGAAACAGCUAUGGAGAAUAGCCCAGAAGAUGGGGCCUACAUCAAAGGGCUUUUCCUCGAAGGUGCCCGUUGGGACAGGAAAACGAUGCAGAUUGGAGAAUCUCUCCCCAAAAUCCUCUAUGACCCCUUACCCAUCAUUUGGCUGAAGCCCGGGGAUAGUGCCUCGUUCCUGCAUCAGGACAUUUAUGUGUGUCCAGUGUAUAAGACCAGUGCCCGGAGAGGGACCCUCUCGACCACCGGCCACUCUACUAACUACGUCCUGUCCAUUGAACUUCCGACAGACAUGCCCCAGAAACACUGGAUAAACCGAGGCGUGGCCUCAUUGUGCCAGCUGGAUAACUGACAGCAGGGGGUCUUAAAAUUGAGAGUAAACGGCAUUUUAUUCUCCAUUACAAUAUAGCCUUUCUUUCUUGAGUCAUAUAGUACGAAGGUGAUGAUGAUGCAAUAAUUACAUCAGUGGAGCCGGAAAUUUCAUAGCAGCCC